AGUAAAGUAGUUGCAGUGACUUGAUCAAAACUGAGAUACAGACAAAAGUGUGUAUGACGUGGCAUUAUUUGAUUGGAUUAAGGGGAAUAGAUCGGCGGGUUAGGUGGUCGCAGCGUCGACGGAUACUAUAAAGUAACUUAGGGCUCCAUGAGCCACCGUGUUGCGAUUUUCUCUUCUCAUAUAUCUCCCGUCUCCGCCGUCAUGGCUUCCGAGAAAGAGGCUGCUCUAUCCGCUACUCCUUCCGAUGCUCCGACCAUAUUUGACAAGAUAAUCAGCAAAGAGAUUCCAUCCACUGUGGUUUAUGAGGAUGACAAGGUUUUAGCAUUUAGGGACAUAACGCCCCAGGGUCCUGUUCACAUACUCCUCAUCCCAAAAGUGAGAGAUGGCUUAACUGGCCUCUCUAAGGCUGAGGAGAGGCACAUUGACAUCUUGGGCCGCCUUCUCUACACUGCCAAGCUUGUAGCAAAACAAGAAGGCCUAGAUGAAGGUUUCAGAAUUGUGAUCAAUGAUGGUCCACAAGGCUGCCAAUCGGUGUAUCAUAUUCAUGUUCAUCUCAUUGGAGGACGCCAAAUGAACUGGCCUCCUGGCUAAAAAUGUUCUCAUCUACUACUACUAGUGAUUGUUGUCCUGCUUGUAAGAGGAACCGUCAUGAGUUUCCCAUUGUCUUCUUCUGUCUUUAUAAAUAAAAAAGUUUGAGACAUAACUUUGUAUGAUCGUUAUGCUAAAAAAAAACCUUGUUUUAUUGUUCUGAAGAGAAUAUUUGACUGUUGCCUUGGAA